AUGCGAGUUAUUGUGACAGGCGCAUCCGGCGUGCUCGGGGCCGCUGUAUAUGCAGCAUUCAAAUCUGCUGAAAACACAGUUCUCGGCCUUGCUCAUUCACGACCUGGGGAAGAGUUCCGCCAGCUCGAUCUUCUCGACGCGCCAUCGGUCGAACGCGUCUUCGCUGAAUUCAAGCCAGAUUGGGUGAUACAUUGUGCGGCGGAAAGGCGCCCCGAUGUCGCCGAGAAAGAUCCAGAGGGAGCGCGAAAGUUGAAUGCCUCAGUUCCGGAGCACCUCGCGCAGCUGUCGAAGACGCAGAAAUUCGGUCUUGUCUAUAUCUCUACCGACUAUGUCUUCGACGGCACAUCGCCCCCGUACACGCCCUCCGCACAGACAAAUCCGGUCAAUUUGUAUGGACAGACCAAGCGCGACGGCGAGUUGGCUGUCCUCGGCGUCUUGGGAAGCCGAAGCAUUGUGUUGCGUGUUCCGGUACUGUACGGUCCUGCGCCAAAGAACACAGAUAGCGCCAUAAAUAUCCUCUUGGACGUUGUCGCAGACCAGUCUGGGAAACAGUAUAAGAUGGAUCACUACGCCACGCGAUACCCCACGUGCGUCGUUGACAUCGCAGACUUUUUAGUGCGGCUCACAUCAAUACCGCCGAAUCGCGCCAUCCCGCCUAUCUUGCAUUACUCUGCAGGCGAGCCGUUCACAAAGUACGAGAUAUGCCUCGUUUUUGCGCGUAUCCUCGGCGUUCCCCACGUUCAUAUCAUCGCCGAUGCGGAGGCUCCGAAGGACGCGGUGACAACGCGCCCGCGGGACUGCCAACUGUAUACGCGUGAGACAGAGGAUCUGAUGGAAGGAUAUGGAGGUCUCGGCUGGACGCCGUUCGAGGAGUGGUGGGUGCAAUACCUCAACGAGAAGCAGUGA